AUGUCCAGAUCCGGGGACAGGACCUCCACCUUCGACCCCAGCCACAGCGACAACCUGCUGCACGGCCUCAACCUGCUGUGGAGGAAGCAGCUGUUUUGCGACGUGACCCUGACGGCCCAGGGCCAGCAGUUCCACUGCCACAAGGCCGUGCUGGCCUCCUGCUCGCAGUACUUCCGAUCGCUCUUCUCCAGCCACCCCCCUCUCGGGGGAGGGGUCGGCGGCCAGGACGGCCUGGGGGCCCCCAAGGACCAGCAGCAGCAGCCGCCGCCGCAGCAGCCGCCACAGCAGCAGCCGCCGCCGCCGCAGGAGGAGCCCGGGACGCCUUCCUCCUCCCCCGACGACAAGCUGCUGACCAGCCCCCGGGCCAUCAACAACCUGGUGCUGCAGGGCUGCUCGUCCAUCGGGCUGCGCCUGGUGCUCGAGUACCUCUACACGGCCAACGUGACCCUCUCCCUGGACACGGUGGAGGAGGUGCUGUCGGUCAGCAAGAUCCUGCACAUCCCCCAGGUCACCAAGCUCUGCGUGCAGUUCCUCAACGACCAGAUCUCGGUGCAGAACUACAAGCAGGUGUGCAAGAUCGCCGCGCUGCACGGCCUGGAGGAGACCAAGAAGCUGGCCAACAAGUACCUGGUGGAGGAUGUGCUGCUGCUCAACUUCGAGGAGAUGCGCGCCCUGCUGGACUCGCUGCCGCCCCCCGUGGAGUCGGAGCUGGCGCUGUUCCAGAUGUCCGUGCUGUGGCUGGAGCACGACCGCGAGACCCGCAUGCAGUACGCGCCCGACCUCAUGAAGCGCCUCCGCUUCGCGCUCAUCCCGGCCCCGGAGCUGGUGGAGCGGGUCCAGUCGGUGGAUUUCAUGCGCACCGACCCGGUCUGCCAGAAGCUGCUGCUGGACGCCAUGAACUACCACCUGAUGCCCUUCAGGCAGCACUGCAGGCAGAGCCUGGCCAGCAGAAUUCGCUCUAACAAGAAAAUGCUGUUACUGGUUGGAGGCUUGCCUCCUGGGCCGGACCGGCUUCCCAGCAAUUUGGUCCAGUACUAUGAUGAUGACAAGAAGACAUGGAAAAUACUCACAAUUAUGCCGUACAACAGUGCCCACCACUGCGUUGUGGAGGUAGAAAACUUCUUGUUUGUGCUGGGUGGAGAGGACCAAUGGAACCCCAAUGGAAAACACAGUACAAAUUUUGUCAGUCGAUAUGAUCCUCGAUUUAAUAGCUGGAUACAACUUCCACCCAUGCAAGAAAGAAGAGCCAGUUUCUAUGCAUGUCGAUUGGACAAGCAUUUAUACGUUAUUGGUGGAAGGAAUGAGACCGGCUAUUUGUCCAGCGUGGAGAGCUAUAACCUAGAAACAAACGAAUGGCGUUAUGUGUCCUCAUUGCCCCAGCCUCUGGCUGCUCACGCGGGAGCAGUGCACAAUGGGAAAAUAUACAUUUCAGGGGGUGUACACAAUGGAGAAUAUGUCCCAUGGCUAUAUUGCUAUGACCCUGUAAUGGAUGUCUGGGCUCGAAAACAAGAUAUGAACACAAAACGCGCGAUCCACACUUUGGCUGUAAUGAAUGAUCGCUUGUAUGCAAUUGGAGGAAAUCAUUUGAAAGGUUUCUCCCACCUUGAUGUAAUGCUUGUGGAAUGCUAUGACCCAAAAGGUGAUCAGUGGAAUAUUCUGCAAACUCCCAUUUUGGAAGGUCGAAGUGGCCCUGGUUGUGCAGUGUUGGAUGACAGCAUCUACCUUGUGGGUGGCUACAGCUGGAGUAUGGGGGCUUACAAGUCAUCCACAAUAUGCUAUUGUCCGGAAAAAGGCACCUGGACAGAACUGGAAGGAGAUGUAGCAGAGCCACUGGCAGGUCCCGCCUGUGCACCGGUUAUCCUGCCCGCCUGUGUACCUUACAACAAAUAACUCCAGGGAGCCCUGGAAUGAACACUCUCGAAUUCUAGGAAACAAUGACAGGUGACAUCACUGUUAUACUAGGAACAGUGCAUUCUAAUGGUACAACUGCCGAAACCCACCCUUGGUUUCUAAUGAUUUACAAGUAAUGACAAAAAGAAAAAGACCUGUUCUUGAACAGAUACUGUGUCUGCGACUCGGAUCACACCAAACUUCCUGUGGUGACAGACUCUUCCAUUUGGGACUGGUUUUAACUUGUCCCAGCUUUACAAAAACUCCUCGUGUGGAUCUUAACUUUCAAAAGGAGAAAGAUAAAAUACAGAAGAGUGCCCCAGAGAGACCUAAGAUCAGUAUUGUGCAUUGUAGUCUACCUGCAUGUGACCUAUGUUGAAGUUUUGGGGAUAUUGUGUUCAUGAAUGAUCCAGAAUUUGACCCACUGAAAUACUUACACUGCAUUACAGAAAUUGCCACUUGAUUCUAUAUUUCUAACCUGUGGCUACUUCACAGACUCCAUAGGCAACACAGUUAUAGAAAAUCAUAUAAGAUUAAAGGGGAACAUGUUUGUUUCUGUAUAACUUCAUUUCAUGUACCAUCUGCCCCUUACAGCACCUCAUGGGAAUCACAGAAGAGGAAGAUGUUGGCUCCUUUAACAAUUGCUUUCUGCCCUGUGGGUUCUAAGCUAGCCGGUCAUAAUUUGUGUCCUCAAUUUUAUAUGAAAGAUUAAAACAAAACCUACUCUGUCACUAUU